AUUUAACAUUUAUUUUAUAUUUAUCCUAAAAAUAAAUACAUUGUUCAAACGUUUCGUUUGAUAACUUCUUAGCGUUUAUUAUAAAUAAAAUAGAAAAAUAAUGAAAUUCAUAGAUUAAAUAACAUGCAUAUAAAACGUGUGUAUGCGCAGUAACAGUGAACAGUGUUGCCACGAUCACAUCUCGAAUGUUAUGGAUGUAUGUGUAUAUAAACGUAUUGACACCAUUUGGAUGUAUGUGAGAGUAAUGUGACUGUACUUUUACAAAAGUUUCCAAUGAGCGGCGUUCAACGUGACUACCUCGAAACAACUACUUUAACAAAGUAAGUUAAUCCAAUUGUAAAUAUUUUUACAAUGACAAGUAUGGAUGAUAAAUUCGGGUUUGCUAUUGAUCGUGGUGGUACAUUCACUGAUAUUUAUGCACGAUGUCCUGGAGGUAAAGUCCGAGUUAUGAAAUUAUUGUCAGUUGAUCCUGCUAAUUAUGAUGAUGCUCCGAGAGAAGGAAUAAGACGAAUUUUAGAACAAGAAACUGGAUGUUCUAUGCCACAAGAAGUUGAUACUUCUAAAAUAGCUUGGAUUCGUAUGGGAACAACUGUUGCGACAAAUGCAUUGUUAGAGAGAAAAGGUGCAAAAAUGGCGUUAAUAAUAAAUGAAGGAUUUAAAGAUUUACUUUAUAUUGGAAAUCAAGCUCGUCCGAACAUUUUUGACUUACAAGUAAUUACACCCAGUGUUCUUUACUCUAAAGUUGUUGAAGUUAAAUGUCGAGUAGUUCCUGCUUUACCGGGUAAAUGUUCACUCGAUAAUUCAAAGUGGAGAAAAGUUAAAGGAUCAACCGAUGAGUUCUUUUACGUCACACAAGAACUCGAUGAAACAACUUUAAUAAAAGAUUUAAAAUCUCUGAAAGAAGAUGGUAUUGCAAGCCUAGCAGUUGUUUUAGCCCAUAGUUAUUCUUUUGCUGAACACGAAUGCCGAAUAGGUAAAAUUGCACGAGAAAUGGAUUUUUCCCAAGUUUCUCUAUCUCACAAAGUAAUGCCAAUGACUAGAAUUGUACCAAGAGGAUUUACGGUAUCAGCAGAUGCUUAUUUAACUCCCCAUAUUAAAACUUAUUUGCAGAGCUUUUCAUCGGGCUUUAAAAAUAAUUUGGCGGGUGUGAAUGUACUUUUUAUGCAAAGUGACGGUGGACUUACGCCUAUGAAUUUAUUCAACGGUUCACGGGCAAUCUUAUCUGGUCCCGCGGGUGGUGUUGUUGGAUAUGCAAUGACUACUUACAAUAAAGAAACGUCAUUACCCAUAAUUGGUUUUGAUAUGGGUGGAACAUCAACUGAUGUCAGUCGUUACGCGGGAUCUUAUGAGCAUGUUUACGAGAGCACAACUGCUGGGGUUACUAUUCAAGCGGCGCAGUUGGACAUAAAUACAGUUGCCGCUGGAGGUGGUUCGAUGCUUUUCUUUAGAUCAGGGCUUUUUGAAGUUGGCCCAGAUAGUGCAGGGGCACAUCCAGGACCAGCUUGUUACAAAAAAGGAGGUCCUUUGGCAGUAACAGAUGCAAAUCUUGUACUAGGCCGUCUUUUGCCAGAAUACUUUCCUAAGAUAUUCGGUCCAAAUGAAAAUGAACCACUUGAUAAGAAUGCUACAAUAAUUGCUUUUGAACAAUUGACCGGCCAAGUCAAUAAUUACUUAACGACAGUUAAUGGUGAAACAUCAACUCAUAUGUCUAUUGAAGAAGUUGCAAUGGGACUAAUUAAAGUUGCUAAUGAAACAAUGUGUCGUCCGAUUCGAGCUCUUACACAAUCUAAAGGUUAUGAUACUGCAAUGCAUGUUUUGGCUUGCUUCGGUGGAGCUGGUGGACAACAUGCUUGUGCAAUCGCACGGUCUUUAGGUAUGGAAACAGUCUUUGUUCAUAAAUAUGCUGGCAUUUUAUCAGCUUAUGGGAUGGCACUGGCUGAUGUUGUCGAAGAAGCUCAAGAGUCUUGUGCUGAAAUUUAUCAUGAAGAUUCAUUCAAAAGACUAGACAAACGUUUCGAUAAUUUGGAAAAAAAAGUUCGCGAUAAAUUGUAUAAACAAGAAUUCAAUGAUGAUCAAAUAAUUAUUGAAUAUUACUUACAUUUACGGUACGAAGGUACUGAUGGUUCACUUAUGUGUACCCCAAAAUUAAAUAAAGAUGAACAAGAAGUACACACAAAGCAUGGAAAUUUUGCUCAAACUUUCUUAGAAAGAUAUCAAACAGAAUUCGGAUUUACAAUGGCUGACCGUAAAAUUCUUGUUAAUGAUAUUCGAGUUCGUGGUAUAGGACAAUCAAAAAUUCCUGAAGAAUUUGAAUUUCCAAAAGUAACAAAUUUACCAGUACCUGAGAAGGUUACAGAUGUGUAUUUUGAUGGAGGCUAUCAAAAUACUAAUAUAUAUCAAAUGCACGCCCUUAGUCACGGUCAUAGAAUUGAUGGGCCAGCAAUUAUCAUGGACAGUUUAAGUACAAUAUUGAUCGAACCAGGUUGUACAGCUUGUAUUACAUCUCGGGGCGAUAUUCGUAUUACUAUAGGCAAAAGUUUGCGUUCUGACAUUACUACUGAAUUAGAUCCCAUCCAUUUAAGUAUUUUUUCUCAUCGAUUUAUGAGUAUUGCUGAACAAAUGGGAAGAAUUCUCCAGAGAACGUCUAUUUCAACGAACAUAAAAGAACGUCUUGACUUCUCAUGUGCUAUAUUUGGACCAGAUGGUGGUCUUGUAUCAAAUGCACCUCACAUUCCAGUUCAUCUAGGGGCAAUGCAAGAGACCGUACAGUACCAAAUGAAAGCAUUCAAAGGAGAAUUUACAAAAGGGGAUGUAAUCCUAGCUAAUCACCCUUCCGCAGGUGGUUCACAUUUACCGGAUUUAACUGUAAUUACACCUGUUUUCUAUGGGGAUUUACCGAAGCCCGUAUUUUUUGUAGCCAGUAGAGGUCAUCAUGCGGAUAUUGGUGGUAUUACACCGGGUUCAAUGCCACCUCACUCUACUACUUUACUUCAAGAAGGAGCGACUUUUAAAAGUUUCAUAAUCGUUCACAAAGGUCAUUUUCGAGAGAAAGAAUUGACUGAUGAAUUAAUGGCACCGGGAAAAAUACCUGGUAGUUCGGGAACACGAAAUUUAGCUGAUAAUAUUAGCGAUCUUAAAGCACAAAUAGCUGCUAAUCAUAAGGGCACGCAGCUGGUAAACGAGCUCAUCGACAUUUACGGCUUGGAAGUUGUCCAAGCGUACAUGGGUCAUAUCCAACAAAAUGCGGAGUUGGCUGUACGUGAAAUGUUCACGAGUGUUGGUGAAAAGUUGCUACGCAAAACAGGUAGUACCACUGUCAUGGCCACGGAUUAUCUUGACGAUGGAAGUGUUAUUCAGUUGCAUCUAAAGUUCAAUAUAGAUAAUGGAGAAGCGGUUUGUGAUUUUACCGGUACUGGGUAUGAAGUUUGGGGUAAUUGCAAUGCACCACGUGCAGUUACAUUAUCUGCUAUAAUUUAUUGCCUGAGGUGUAUCGUCGGUCGCGAUGUACCUUUGAAUCAAGGCUGCUUGAAACCGGUCAAGAUAGUCAUUCCUAAAGGUUCACUUCUGGAUCCUUCAGAAGAAGCUGCUGUCGUCGGUGGGAAUGUUCUAACUUCACAACGAGUUGUUGAUGUAGUACUAGCAGCUUUUGGCGCUUGUGCUGCAUCUCAAGGAUGUAUGAAUAAUAUAACUUUGGGCACGGAUACUUGGGGUUACUACGAAACUGUCGCUGGAGGAAGUGGAGCGGGCCCAACUUGGCAUGGCCGUGGAGGAGUUCAUACACAUAUGACCAAUACACGGAUCACUGAUCCUGAAAUUCUGGAAUUGCGUUAUCCUGUGAUAUUAGAAAAAUUUUCAUUACGCCCUAAUAGCGGUGGAGAUGGUGCUUAUCAUGGUGGUGAUGGUGUUAUUCGUGAAAUGAAAUUCAGGUCACCAAUGACGUUGUCUAUCUUAACCGAAAGACGAUCGCAUAAUCCUCCUGGUCUAGAAGGUGGACUACCGGGUGCACGUGGACGUAAUACUUUAACAAGAAUUGACGGGAGAAAAAUAAAUCUCGGGCCAAAGACUGCAGUACCUGUUUACCCUGGAGACAUAUUUCUUCUUGAAACUCCUGGUGGUGGUGGAUAUGGCGUUCCUGGAACAGAAUCAUCAGCUUUAACGAAGAACGUAACAACUUUUGUUGAGCAUGGAAGUGUUUAUGAAUAUCGAAAAGCCCAAGAAUCAGUUUAGUUUUUUUAUUCAAUCGGUGAAUUAUACACUGCAUAAUAAAGUAAUAUUAAUCAUAUAAAAUAAUAAUACAUUAAUAUGAGUUAAUUUAUGUUAACUGCUGCAAUUAUAUAAUUCAUAUUAUUAAUAUAUAUUUUAUCAAAUAAAACUAUAGCUUUUUAUUAUUUCGUACUAUAAUACAGCAGUGAAGACCAGGGCAAGAUGACUCACCCCCAAUAUUUAGUAAAAACAAAAAAAAACUUAUUUGUCGAAAAUUAUUUCGUGUUUUAAUAUUUAUAAAGAAUUUAGAAGCAAAACAAAAUAUUUGUAGUGAAAUGAAACACCAUAAAAUUUCGAAAAUAAAAAUAUGAAAAGUAAUUUUUUAUCAAACAAAAGUUUUUUAAAAAUAAUUUUCAGUAGCGGACAAUCAUGUCGCAGAAGGAAUACUUUUUGUACGAAAAAUCUUGUGAAUAGUACUGAAUUUACCCAAGUAGAUAAAACUGUUUUGUAGCAGGUUCUUAGAAGCCACAAGGAAUAAUUACUUGCUUAGGUGAGCCCAGUAUCUCGUAUGUUUAUUCAUAUUUGCUGAUAAAUUUACCGCAGCGAUCAGUAUACUGUCAUAGAGUACCACAGAUAGGCACGAAAAGUUUUGGAACUAAUGGGAAAUUAUUAAUUAUCAAUCGGUCUAUUUUCAUCGGAAUCAUUUCUACUAUCAUGGAAAUAAUUAUGCUACUAAUUGAAAUAAUUUUCACCAUCUUCCCAGUAAUUAAAGUAUAUUUCUUAUUUGCUUCAGUGCUCUGAAGCAUGCUCAUUUCAUAUAUUUUGAAUAACGGUGUUUUUAAUUAUGUUAAAUUUACUUAUCUUAAAGACAAAAAUCUGAAAACCGCCUGACCCUGCGGGCCGGGCCACGAAGUUUCCGCUAUUUUUGAGCUCAGGAGCUGGAAAAUACUAAUGUUAAUACAUCUUUGAGCUGUUCAAGAUCGAAAAUAGAAAUGUCGCACCUUCCAUUG